AUGAAUUGUUUAAAUAAAUUAUUUAUUAUUUUUGGUUUUGGUUUAUUAUGUUUACAUCUUUAUAUAUAUAAUUAUAUGGUAUUAUGCAGAUGGAAAUAUGACGAUAAUGCUGAUACUACUAAAAUUAUAAUGUUGGGUGACCCUCAGAUGGAAGGUGAUGCAAGAAUUAGAAGAGAGGGAUUAAAAGGGGAAUAUAAUAUAUUUUUUAAUGAUAAUUAUAUGAAGCAUAUAGUUAAUAGUAUAGACUAUUUUUUAAACCCAAUGAUGGUGGUGGUAUUGGGUGACUUAUUUUCAUCACAGUAUAUAACGGAUGAAGAGUUUCAAAAAAGAGUCAAAAGAUAUGACAAUAUAUUUUCACCAUUAAAAGAUUAUGUAAAGAUAGUUAAUAUUACAGGGAAUCAUGACGUAGGCUAUGCAAACGAAGUAACAGAUCGUAGAAUUAAUAGAUUUGAAGAAGCAUUUGGCCGUGUCAAUGACAAGUUUUUUUUCGGUGGUCAUUUAAUCGGUGUAUUAAAUUCAAUCAAUUUGGAUGGCUCAAUGACAGAACAUUUUCAAAAAGAAGCAUGGGAUCAUUUAAGAGAAUUAAAGCAUGAUGCGGAAGCUACUCAAUCACCCCUAAUUAUAGUGACUCAUAUCCCAUUAUAUAAAGAUAUUAAAGCUAUAGAUAGAACCCAAGAACCCUAUAAAACACAUCCAUACUUAUGCAGAGAAGAAUAUAUUAUCCACCAUACCAACCAAGGUUUCAUAAAAGAUCAAACUAUGCUAACUCCAGAAACUACAGAUUUUAUAUUAAACGAAAUCAAACCAGCAUUCAUCUUUAAUGGCCAUGAUCACGAAGGCUGCAUUUACAAGCAUACAAAUAGUAACACAAUGGAGUACACAAUUAGAUCUAUGAUGGGCUCAUAUGACGGAUACUCUGCAUUAUUCGAGUUUAGAAAAAUCAAAUCCUCAUCUACUAAUAACGAUAAUAACGACAAAAAUAUAGAAGAAAAAGAAAUUUUCGAAUAUGAAUUCCAAAUGUGUCCAUUUUUACAUACAAAAUAUAUCAAUAUAACUGUGGGUGUUACCGCAGGAUGGCUUGUUCUUUUCAUUUUGUUCAAUAUCAUCUUAUCAAUUUUCAAAGCUAUACAAAGAUACAGAAUUUCAAUAAUUAAAAAAGAACAAAAGAAAAAUAUUUAA